CAGAGGUGUGGUGCCUUGAACAUUUAACGCCAGGGGACACAAUAGAGAUAGAGGAAGAAAAUUGCUCUUACUGUUAGCUACUUACCUGAGCUAGAGAGAGAGAGAGAGAGAGAGAGAGAGUCAGUGCAAGUUAGAGGAGGGAUCACAGCACACACAAAAAAAACUUGCUGACUUACUCUGUGUCUCUCAUUUAAAGACUCACACUCAGGCUUUCACUAAGACAUAUACCUCGCCUCUAAGUUCAAAGACAUAGAAGUCAAUAUUUGACUGAGCAGGGAAGGAAGGAGGAAGGAACAACGAGAGGAAGAAAAGAAAGAAAUAGAAAGGGAGAAAUAGAAGUGUGUCCCUCCCCUGUACAUUGGCAUUGGAAAUUCCUUGGAACUUGGACUCUAAGAGUUUUUUCCCCCCUCCAGACGCAGGUGGACACUAACCUUGCAGAACAGCGAGGAGUAAAACAAAACAAAGGCAAAGGAUUAAGCGAUUUUCUCCCUUUUUGGACGGAUUUCUGGACUUGUAUUGGGCAAGGCAUAAGAGGUAGGAGAUGGGGAGAUGGAUGUUUCAUCUCUGUGUGGGGGUUGUACUUGCUGUUCUCAUGGCCAGUUGCUACGCUGAAGUGAACCCCUGUCUGGAAAAAAGCAGUCAGACUUGUUCAGCAUGUAUCCAGCGGGCGAAGGACUGUGCAUACUGCCCAGAUGAGGUAUAUGAUGGUCCUCGCUGUGACCUCAAGCAGGUCAUCGUAAUGCGUGGCUGUAAAAACACAAUGACAGCUACAGGCAGUGUCUCCAUAUUGGAAAAACAACGAAUCGACAAAACGAUCAUCCGCUCCCAGGUAUCUCCUCAGAAGGUGACUAUGAGCCUGCUUCCAGGAGAGGAGAGGGUGAUAGAUAUGGAGGUGUAUGAACCAGUUAAAGGCCCUCUGGACCUCUAUAUUCUUAUGGACUUCUCCAACUCCAUGCAAGAUGAUCUGGACAACCUCAAAAAGAUGGGCACCCAACUGGCGGAACUGAUUAAAGACCUGUCUGACGACUUCACUAUUGGCUUCGGCAAGUUUGUUGACAAGGUGGUAGAACCCCAGACAGACAUGAGACCGUCAAAACUGGCCAAGCCCUGGCCCAACAGCGACCCUCCAUUCUCAUUCCAACAUGUGAUCACUCUUACUAGUGAUGAACGUACCUUCACUGAAAAGCUGACGAAGGAGAGGAUCUCUGGAAACCUGGAUGCUCCUGAGGGGGGCUUUGAUGCCAUACUGCAAACUGCGGUCUGCGGGGAUAAGAUUGGCUGGCGUAAUGAUUCCACCCACCUCUUGGUAUUCUCCACCGAGUCGGCCUUCCACUAUGAGGCAGAUGGUGCCAACGUCCUGUCAGGCAUCUUGCCACGCAAUGACGAGCAGUGCCACCUUGACACCCAGGGGAAAUACACAAUGGACACCAAGCAGGACUAUCCCUCUGUACCAACCCUGGUUCGCUUGCUGGGAAAUCACAACAUUAUCCCCAUUUUUGCAGUUACUAAAUACUCCUAUAGCUAUUAUGAGAAGCUACAAGAGUAUUUCCCAAUUGCUGAGCUGGGUAUACUACAGGAAGACUCUACUAACUUUAUCGCCCUUCUGAGGAGUGCCUUUGCGAGUAUCCGUUCUAAAAUGAGUAUCCGGGCACAAAACCCGAUUUCAGCUAUACAAGCUGAGGUCCAAUCAGAAGUAGCGAGUACUGCACAGGCCGGAUACUUCGAAAUCAAGCCUGGAAACAUAGGGAGGUUUAAGGUGCGCGUCAAGGCCAAUGAGAAGGCAGGUGAGGGACAUGUGUGUGAGCUGAAAAAGUCUGACAGGAAUGGAGAGAUAAGCGUGAAACCAACCACUUUCAGUGCAGAUCUGAAAAUCAACGCUGAGGUGCUUUGCCAAACCUGCAAGUGUGAGCAGGAACGCAUGAAAAAUGCACCAAAGUGUUCAGGCAAUGGGGACCUGGUCUGUGGGACGUGCCAGUGUGCUCCUGGCUGGAUGGGUCCAUUCUGUAACUGCUCAGCUAAGUUGUCGUCGAACACAGAAAGUACCUGUCUGGGUCCAAACAUGGCAAAGCCGUGUUCUGACCGAGGACAAUGUCUGUGUGGAACGUGUGUGUGUGACCAACCUGACCAGUAUGAAGGACCCUACUGUCAGUUUCACAAGCUUCAGUGUCCACGCCACAGAGGUUUCCUCUGCUAUGACCAUGGUAGCUGCUCCAUGGGACAGUGUGUGUGUGCACACGGCUGGAAAGGACAAGCUUGUGAGUGUCCCUUAAGUAACCAGACCUGUUUGGACACUAAAGGGGGUCUCUGUAACAACAUUGGUGAGUGUGAAUGUGGUCGUUGCAAGUGCCCGGACAAAGGUCUCCCCAUGACCUCCACCUGUGAGCGUAACGUCCAGGCCCAGCGUGGGAUGUGUGAUGGCAUGAGGAGCUGUGUCCAGUGUCAGGCCUGGAAGACGGGAGAGAAAAAGGCAAAGGACAAAUGUGAUACGUGCCCGUUCAAAGUCAUCAUGGUGGACAAGCUGAAGGAAAAUGAAGAUGUGUUUGAGACAUGUGUAUACCGCGACGAGGAUGAUGACUGCACGUACCAGUUCACCGUUGACUACUCUGACAAGCAAACUGAAAAGAAUCUGGAAGUCCAGGGGCUCAAGAAGAAAGAAUGUCCCCCUGGUAGUUUCCUGUGGCUGAUUCCUCUCAUCAUGUUCCUCAUGUUAUUGCUGGGUCUGCUGCUGCUCUGCUGCUGGAAGUACUGUGCAUGCUGCAAGGCCUUUCUUGCUCUUCUACCAUGCUGUGGCAAAGGGCGUAUGGUUGGUUUCAAGGAGGACCAGUACAUGCUCCGACAAUCCCUGCUCACCUCUGACCACCUGGACACGCCCUUAGUGAGGACCGGCCCACCCAAGAGCACUGAUGUUGUUCGCUGGAAGAUCACGGAUAAUGUCCACCGACCACCCAGCCACCCACUGGCGCAGGUCCAGCCCGACCCUAAACAGAUCAUUCCUUUCCCCCUGUCCCUUCGCCUGGUCAGGUUGUUCUCAGACAACCUGUCCCGUCAAGACUCCAGAGAUUCUGAGCUUCUACGAAGGGAGGUUAAUGACAACCUGAAUGAAGUGUACAAGCAAAUUCCUUAUGCCAAGGCAGUUGAGGAUACUACAUUUAGAUUACAGAGAAAUGCUGGUAAAAGGAAGGAUCACACCAUCGUGGACACGGUUCUGCACGCUCCUCGCUCCAGCUACCCUGACAUCGUCCAACUGACUGAGAAAAAUGUCCAGUCUGGAAACUUCCAAGAUGUUAAAGUGAUGCCAAACUACUACACAGUGGCCACAGAUAGAGAGGCAACUGGUGCCGUAGAGUUCCAGGAGGGGGUGGAGAUGGUGGAUGUGCGUGUGCCGCUCUUCAUCAAGGAUGAAGAUGAUGACGAGAAGCGGCUGCUGUUGAAGGCGGUAGAUGUUCCUCUGGGCAUUGCUGAGAUAGGGAAACGCUUUGUCAACAUCACUAUUAUUAAAGAACAUGCCAAGAGUGUUCUGACAUUCCUCCAGCCUGCCUACACCUACAGCCGACAGGACAAAGUGGCUAACAUCCCCAUCAGCAGAGAGAUCAUAGAAGAUGGAAACACACAGGUCACGUACCGCACCAGAGACCUCACCGCUAAGGACAAGAAGGACUAUGUGGCUGUGGAUGGGGUCCUGCCCUACGGACCUGGUGAGACCCAGAAGAACGUCCCUGUGAGUCUGUUGGAGCUUGGAAAGGGGGAUAGUCUGCUGGACACACAGGUCAAACAGUUUGUCAUGGACCUCAGUAACCCAAAACAGGGAGCCAAGUUGGGAAGAUACCCAAGAACAACCGUCACCAUCACUGACCAACCAGAGCCUAGUGUGGUCAUGUUUAAGAAGAGCACCCAGAACUUCAGCACCGCUGACCCAACCUACUCCAUCCCUGUGGUCCGCACCCGCAAUGCGGAGGGUCCCGCCAUGGUCCACUGGAAGACCCGCAGUUCCAAGCGCUAUGACCUGUCCGGUCCCCUCAAGUUUGCUCCCGGCGAGACAGAGAAGAACAUUGUGAUUGACCCACGAUCGGUUAAACCAGAAAGCCCGGUCAAACCAGAAACCUUCCAACUCGAGCUGUUCGACCCCAGUGAGAACACAGCGGUCGGGGAGAGAAAGAUAACGAUGGUCAAUGUUACCGAUGGAGGACGCCCAGAGGUGGCCCAGAUGCAGAGUAAGGGCUUCAGCCAUCCAGUCGCGUCCCCGGGUGGCCGUCUCCUCUCUCCGACCAACGUGAAGGCCACAGCCACCGGGCCCCGGAACAUCCGCCUUAACUGGGACUCCUUAGGAAACUCCCUAGGCUACAAGGUGAAGUAUUGGAUCUAUGGGGACCCAGAGGCUGACGCGCAGGUGAUGGAUGUGAAGACCACCCAAGCUGAGCUGACCAAACUUUACCCCUACUGUGACUACGAGAUGAAGGUGUGUGGCUACAAUGCCCUGGGAGAUGGAAACUACAGUGAAAUGGUGCCCUGUCAGACCCUGGAGGAUGUCCCUAGUGAGCCCGGUCGUCUGGCCUUCAAUGUUAUAAGUCCAACUGUCACUCAGGUCAGCUGGGCGGAGCCUGCCGAGCCCAAUGGCGUCAUCACUGCCUACGAGGUCAUCUACACACCCAUCAAUGAGGACAACAAGCAAAUGGGUGUUUCUAAGAAGGUGAAGAUAGACAACCCUAAGAAAAGGAUGUUGCUGAUUGAGAACCUGCAGUCAGCCCAGACUUACUUCUACCAGGUCCGUGCCAAGAACAGUGUCGGCUGGGGCCCCUUCAAAGACGCUACCAUCAACCUAGCUUCACAGCCGACCAGACCCAUGUCCAUACCUAUCAUCCCAGACAUCCCGAUAGUGGACGCGGAGGCAGGGGAGGAUUACGACAGUUACCUGAUGUACAGCAGUGAGGUCCUCAAGUCACCAACAGGCUCCAAGAGACCCAGCGUCUCAGACGAAGAGCAAGUAAACGGGAGGUGGGAACAGAACUUCCUGUUCCCUGGAGGCGGUGGUUCAAUGUCACGCAGCGCAAAUAUGUCUUCGUCAAGCUACGGCCAGGCUUCUCCCAUGUCCACACUCAGCUCCAACCACAGAGGAGGGGGUGGGGGCUCCAUGACCAUGGAUUCCACCACCACAUACAUCUCUGGACAAGGAGGAACCUCCCUCUCUCGUACACAGAUGAUUGGGGGCGGCACACGGACAGAGAACGUUGUCAUGAGAAAGCGGUCGGAGAACAGAGGCUACUAUGAGUAUGACGACAACAUCCGAGAUUCCAUUGUCAUAGGAGACAUGCACAGUGGAUUGUCAGGCUACUCUGAAGGCCAAAGUACAUAUGGCUUCAGCCCAACUAAGACUCUUACAUCGAGUCAGUACAGCUACGGUAUGUCUCAGGCUUUUCGGGGCAGGACCCAUUCUGAGGAUGUCAACGAUGUGCUACUGAACCUGGACAGGGUGCUCCUGGAGUCUCGGCCCUCUCCUGGGGUCCCUGACACUCCCACAAGGCUGGUGUUCUCUGCCCUGGGCCCCACAGCCCUGAAGGUCAGCUGGCAGGAGCCACACUGCGAGAGGGACGUGCUGGGUUACUGUGUCCUGUACCAGCUGCUGAAUGGAGGUGAUGUGAAGCGUAUUAACGUGUCCAGCCCAGCAGAGAACUCCGUGGUUGUGCAGGAUCUGCUUCCUAACCACUCGUACCUGUUCAAGGUGAAGGCUCAGAGUCAGGAGGGCUGGGGACCGGAGAGAGAGGGAGUCAUCACCAUAGAGUCAGCCGUCGACCCCAACAGUCCACUGAGCCCAAUGCCUGGUUCUCCCUUCACUCUGAGCACCCCCAGUGCUCCCGGCCCCCUGGUGUUCACAGCUCUGUCCCCCGAGGCACUUCAGCUGAGCUGGGACAAACCACGCAAACCCAAUGGAGACAUCCUGGGCUAUGUGGUCACCUGUGAACAGCUGCACGGAGGAGGGGACAUGCGUACCUUCCAGGUGAGCGGUGACAGUGCCGAGACCAGUUUGACUGUUCCAAACCUGAGAGAAAACAUGCCGUACAAGUUCAAAGUUCAGGCCAAGACGACCCAGGGCUUCGGGCCCGAGAGGGAGGGUAUCAUUACCAUAGAGUCUCAGGAAGGGGGUAGCGUGUCUCAAAUAAGUGGAAUAGGUGGUAUGUCUCAACUGGGAGGCCUAAGCGGUUUGUCUCAACUAGGAGGCAUGUCUCAGUACAGCACCCAGUCAGUGACCAACAGAGAAGUGUUCCAACUGCCGACCGACGUCACCACCCACACCAACGUAACACACACCAUGGUUAACGACCCCUACUUCUCAGACGGUAUGAUGAUGACUGGUAUGACGACUCAGCACAUAGAGACCGGGGGCAUGGUGACACGUCAUGUGACCAAGGAGGUGGUUCAGAGGAGCAUGCAGAUGGCUGGCACCAGCAGCGUCACCAAGAAGGUCGAGAGGUCGUUCUAUGAGACCUGAGCUCAACACGGCCCCCGCUCUGUCUGUUACAAACAGUGGCUCCUGUCGUGUCUCCCCUGACGUUCUUUUGUUUAUAGUUUGUGUCGCUUGUUUUCUAUUUUGGUGAAAACCUUUUACACUCAAAGAACUCUACUACACCAAUAAAGAGAUGUGGUGUUGUAGAUACUAUUUAAAAACACUCUUCACAGCUCCCUCUAUUGGUUCUUCACUGUAUGACGCCUAGUGGUUUAGAUUUUGCUGGGACACUAGUCUGAGGUCUCUGUAGUUUAGAGUCUGCUAGUGCUAAUAUCCCUUGACACAAGAUUAGCUGAGAGAUUAACAGAGGGACAGUGUUUACUAGGGUUCGUACUUGGCUGCGGUUUGUUAAAUUGAUGGCCUCUUUGUGGUAACCGUCUGCCAGUGCUUUAAAGGAUGUUUGUUCGUUGGGUAUCCUAUUGCAUUGUAUUACCGUAUCGUUGGUAAAACUCAUUUCAAACAUGAAACAUAUUAAAGUGAUAUGGGAUCUGUAUGUUUGAGGAAAUGGAAUUGAAAUAUUGAAGCCAAAUACUAUAUUGCUAUGUAUUGUUUGUGUAUAAGGUGUUUCCGUUUUGCAUCUGUCAAUUGGCAUAUUUUCUUUUUGCCAAGCUCAUUAAGGUCAUGUAAUAGUUUACAUUUUUAUUUCUGUCAAGAGUGCUUCAGUCUCUGCCAAACUAAUAUAUUUUAGAAUAGAUUGACUAGAAAAUACAGAUAUUUUUGAGGGAUUUGUUUUAGCGAGACAAAAAGAUUGUAUUCUCUUAACAGUAUAUUGUUUUUUUCCCACUUAUGCUGUGCUUUGGUUCAAUACAAAAUACUGUCUAUUGGAAUUUUUACUCUUAGUGAGGCAUUUCAUGUAUAAUUAUAUUUAUCUGAAAAGUGUUGGAUUAAUUUGAUUAAUUUGUUAUUAAAAGAUAUAAUAACAUUACAUCAGUAUACCAAAAAAUAUAAAAGGCAGACCAUUUGUAG